GAGGUCUCGGCCUGCCCCGGCCGCGUCCCCCCGCCAGCCCGAGGAACGGCCGCGCCUCCGGGGAAGGAGAGCUUCUCUGCCACAACCUUUCCUUUUUGCUCCUGCCCCCCAGGCAAGGCCAUGGUCUGCUUCGGGAACAUGUUCAUCGAGCUCCCCAAAGCGCAGACCACGGAGAUGCUGCGGAAGGACCAGGAACACCUGGAUGAGGAGAUAAACAACCUCCGGAAGGAGCUGCGCGUGAAGGUCAACCGCCUCUUCGAAGCUCAAGGUAAAGCUGAGCUGAAGGGAUUUAACCUGAACCCCAUGAGCGCUGAGGAAAUGAAGCUAAUCAAUCGCAUCCUGGAGGGCUGAGGUGGCUGCGCCAUCAUCACGGCACGUAGCCGGGCUGUGGAGCUGACACUGCACUGGCCUUGGCCUUUGGGGUCUGCAGGACAUCGGUGUGCCCGGAGCCUGCAUCGAGCCAGGGCGGGCACUGGGCAGCGUUUGGCUCCUCAGCUGCGACGCUGCGCUUUCCUGGGACUGCAAACGCCAACCCUGGCAGAGCCACGGCUGGGACGCAGCAAUGGGCAAACGCCCGCGGCCGGGUGGGAGCGGGAUCAUUAAAGUGAGAGCAGCGGGGCAUUCCUAACUGCGGGUGUCUGUGUCCCUUGUUGGGGUUUUAUGCAAGUGCUUCUGGAGUUUGGCUUCAGAGCUGGUUCACUGCGUCGGGAAUAGGAGUAGGAGGCACUGGGAAUCCAGAGUGUGCCCGAAGCACAGAAGAGGAGUUGUGCGCGCCUGUGGUAUUAAAACAGAGCCAAAGUACCCUGCUGAAGCACGUCUGGAAUCCUUGAGAUGCAUAGGGAGGGACAGGAGAAGGCAGCGUCCUUUUAGUCUCGCUGGGAAAACACGCUCUGCUGUUGCGUUGGAAGGCAAGAGACCACAGAAAGGAGGCUUUCAACCCAGGCUGAAGGGAUAAAAUGUACGGAUAUUUAAAAAAAGCAUCCCGAGGAGGGCUGAGCAGGAACAGUUACUGCGCCUGUCUUGUAGUAAAGGACAAUUGCUUUACCAGGUAAUGGCUUCUUCAAAGGUUUUUAGCAUUUAUUGUCUUUUACACUGCCCUCCUUGGUCUGAACUUGCUGCC